UAAAAAACCCGGGGAUUUCCUAGUUUCGCUUUAGAUUGGAAUUUCCGGGCGGCCCGAAUUUCCGGAAAAAUGGCUGCUUCCACGUCAAUUUUUACAACACAACACUAUUUGAGUUUUUGCACCUGUGUGUGAUGCAAACAGGUCAAAGUAGUGGCUAGGCGUGAUGAAUUAACUGACACACAGUGACAGUAUGGGUCAGUUGUUGCAGCGAUUGCAGGAAAGUGGACUGGCAGCAUAUCAGUACCAGAGCGAUGGCAGGAACAGCCACAUCACGGCCCCGAUGAAGUUCCCUGACCUGUCAUUCCUCCCACCAGAAAUCAGCCUCCAUGUUUUGUCCCACCUUGACGCCACUGACCUCUGUUUGGCAGCCUGUGUGUGGAAUGAACUUGGCAAUGAUGAAGUGCUUUGGCAAAGCUUGUGCAAGACAUCUUGGGGCUGUGUCAGCAUAUAUCACGUUGCUCGGAAACAUGGAGACUUCUCAUAUCGCAAGCUGUACCUGGUACUGGAUGAAGCAACUCUUACUUUCAAUGCAGACCCAUUUGGUGGUGAAGACUACCUCAUCAAAAGAGGCCUUGUAGACAACUGUCCAAUGGAAAUAGCAAAAUUCAUCCAAACAACUAAAAAAAUCAAAUCUGAACCGAAACGGCGCUUCUUAGAAAAAAGACGUGACGUCCUUGACUGUGUAAUGCAGCUACAGAAUUAUGAGAAUCAGUUCCUGCCGAAUGCAAUGCGUAAACUGUUCCGGCAUAUAUCAGCUCCAAGGGAGAGAGGCAGCUACCUAGAACACAUCAUUGAUCGGUUUGCAGAACGGUUUUGCAGCUGUAACCCUAAGCUUGGAUUAGAAAAAGACGCGGUGUACGUGUUGUGUUUUUCUCUCAUCAUGCUGUCAGUGGAUCUGUCAAGUCCACACGUGAGAAACAAGAUGUCUAAGCGAGAGUUCAUCAAGAACACAAAACGUGCAGCUACUGGUGUGAAUGAGGACCUCGUAGGGGACUUAUAUGACAAUGUCUAUCUGGUGGGCCAUGUGGCAGCUGCCAUGUGACAGUGGAUAUAUAUCAUAGCUUGAAAGUAGAUAUGAGCCCCGGUCUGGGAAAACUGGACUUAAAGUAUUUGCAUAAAGUGUAGUCCCAGAUUAGCCUGUGCAGUCAUCAUAGGCAAAUCAGGAAUGACAAUUUUCUCUUAGAAUGGAUUUUUUUUAGGAGAUACUUUCUUUAUGUAAAAAUGUCAUAAAAUAAAAAAUUGCUGUCCCUGAUUAGCCAGUGCAGACUGGACAGGCUAAACUGGGAGGACACUACGCACAUUCAUUUAUCCCAGUCUGCCCAGAACAAGGCUAGUAUCUUCACAAUGUUACACAAGAUAUAUAACUUAUAAUGCAGCUGUCAUACGAUGUUUGUUAUUAAAAUCCAUGUCAAGUCUGCGAUGUGAUAUUUUAUAUGUUAACGAUAGGAAAGUCACUAUUUUAACAAUGUGGCACCUGCCAUUGCCAAUUUAGCGAAGCAAGUUAUGAGGCAGCUGCCUUGAGAACUAAAUUUUAACUAUAUGACAGCUGCUUUGUUACAAUGGACAGUAAUCAGUAAUGUGACAGCUAAAAUAUGUCAUUGUAGAGAUUUUGGUCAUAUAACUUGUGCCAUGUGAUAAGGCAGAUAUUUUUUGUCUUUUGUAUGUGAAAAAAAAUCAAAAUUCUAAAUACCAAGUGUCUGAAAACCUAUUCAACCGAGUCAAUUACAUCCUUCUUAUUCUGUUACUUGAUAUAUUGCACAGAACAAAAGGCUGUAUAAGCAAGUUUGUGAUGGUAAAGAAUGUUUUAAGAUAAACAUAUCAAAUCAAAGGUAUCAAAAUGUAGAGAUGUUUUCAAUAUAAUGUACCUGAGACUCCCGUGUUUAAAUUUGAAAAAAUACUCGAAAAAUAAUAAGCUGCUUACCUGUGUUAUUUUGAUACUUCAUUAUCAUUCCUUUAUCACAAAUCCACAUUAGAUGUAUAUUCAGUUUUGCUCUGCCUGUUUAUGUAGUCUUACAAAAAGCUUAAGCAAUCUAUUUGGUCUGACAAAAUCUAAUAACUUGUCGGACUGAAGUUAUAUUUAAAAAAUAAUGUUUAAAUCAGGGUUAUUUUUUUAAACUUUAAAAAGCUUAUUUUGACACUAAAUUGUUUGCAAAUGUCCAUGAAACUAUGGGCUCUAUAAGUUUUGUGAAAUUAUUUUAUUUAGUGAUAGCAUUGAUUUGUUUUUAUCCUAAUUGUUCUGAUGGUGUAAAUAGACUUUUUUUUUGCAGGUCUUCUGCAAAAACAUACUAAUGAAAUCAAUCCAUCCCUUGUGUAUCAGUACACAUCAGCUGUACCCAGUCUUGUUAAAUUGAAUGUACCAAACUCCUAAAUUGAGACCGUAACCAUUUAUUUGUUUCCCUUUGUUUUUUCUCUUUAGAUGGUCAAAAGCAGACUACUAAAAAUAAGUAUACUUAAAAUGAUUUGUAUAAUGUUCUUACUGAACAAUAUAGGAAGUGACAAAUUCAUAAAAAAAUAGACAUUUUAGUAAACUUUCAAUUUCAACUGAUAAUUUCAGAAUUUGUUGCUUUAUUUUUAACCCGGUUUUCCGAAGGAAAAAACUGGUUAUUAGAUUGGCGAAUGCGGGCGGGCUGGCUGGCUGGCUGGCGGGCUGGCUGGCGGGCGGAACAAGCUUGUCUGGGCCAUUACUAUGUCGUUCAUUGUCAGAUUUUAAAAUAAUUUGGCACAUUUGUUCACCAUCAUUGGACGGUGUGUCGCGCGAAAUAAUUUCGUCGAUAUCUCCAAGGUCAAGGUCACACUUUGAGUUCAAAGGUCAAAAAUGGCCAUAAAUGAGCUUGUCCGAGCCAUAACUAUGUCGUUCAUUGUCAGAUUUUAAAAUCAUUUGGCACAUUUGUUCACCAUCAUUGGACGGUGUCUCGCGCGAAAUAAUUACGUCGAUAUCUCCAAGGUCAAGGUCACACUUUGAGUUCAAAGGUCAAAAAUGGCCAUAAAUGUCCCUUGAGAUAUAACCUUCAUAUUUGGUAUGCAUGUGUAUAUGGACAAGGCCUUUCCAUACGCACAACAAUUUUGACCCCUGUGACCUUGACCUUGAAGUAGGGGUCUGCGUUUAGGUUUCAAAAUCUGCGUUUAGGUUUCGAAAAAUGCUCUUAACUUCUAUGUCGCUUGAGAUAUAACCUUCAUAUUUGGUAUGCAUGUGUAUAUGGACAACGCCUUUUCAUACGCACACAAAUUUUGACCGUCUGUCCGUCCGUCCGUGUGUCUGUCCGAAAACUAACGUUGCUCAUAACUUUUGCAAUAUUGAAGAUAGCAACUUGAUAUUUGCCAUGCAUGUGUAUCUUAUGAAGCUGCACAUUUUUAGUGGUGAAAGGUCAAGGUCAUCCUUCAUGGUCAAAGGUCAAAAAAAAAAAAAUUCAUGUGCAUAUCUCCAAUGUCAAGGUCGCCACGACUCAAAAUAGAUUUAUUUUAAAACAAACUUACAAAGGGGGUUAAUUUUCUUUGUUCAUUUCAAAAGUUCAGUUUGAGUUGUCUCCCUUUAUCAGAUUUUUUUUCACAAUGAAAACCUGGUUUUGUGACAAUUUUGUCCCUUGUUUGUAAAUUCAUUAAGUACCUUAUUUCAAGAAAAUAAGUUCUACAGUUACGCUGUCUGUUUAUAAAACCACAAAACCGUAAGUGAAUGUAUAGUGGAAAGUACAGCUCCUGACGUGACUGCAAAUGCACAGCUAGUCUGGAACCAAGCUGGCUACAUUGAGCAUAAAACCCUUUUUGUAUGAUGCAGCUCAUUUAUAAUUUUUUUUUGUUGAGAACCUUUAAUUCUAACAGUAUUUUGAGAAGCUAUUGUUCACUUUUUUGUGUUGUUGAUGCAACACACUCAUUAACAUUUACUUUGUGUGUUUUUAUGUUAUGUUUAUAAUUAGAUAUAUGUUACUUUUAUUAAUCUUGUUUUGAUAUAAUUUAUUAAGUGCUGUUUUACAAGGUUGUUUUUGUAUUUUGAAGUAAACAAAGUAAACCAG